UCUCCUCCAUCAUCCACACCCAUCGCCACUUCUUCAUCGUCGUAUUCACUAGUUCGUCAUUGGCAACUUCUUCUUUUCAAAAAGGAGAACGAAAAUGAGUUUCAGGAUUUGAUUGAUCGUCAUCAUGGGUCGAAAGAAGACGAGGGCUAAACUACAUGUCAUCAUUAGGAGUGGCGACGGCGACGAGGAUGAAGACAAGGUGGUACCGGGGAAGUUGUUGCAGUGCCCAAUCUUGUGGAGAACUGCAAGGAUUAGGAAUUUGGAAAUUUGGCUGAAGUUUUCGAGGCUGAGAUGGAGGAAGCGAGCGAUAUGGAGAUUGAGAGUUUUAAGGAGGAUUUUGAAGAGGUGGCUAGAUGGAAAUGGAUGUCAAAGUGAAACAAGAUGUAAUCGAGGAGGAUGGAAACAAUGAGAACACUAAAGUUAAUGUGAAUUUCAAUAAUGAAAAUGUGAAUUUGGGUUCUUAAUGUACUUUGGAAAAAAGUAUGAGUUUCAACAAUAAGGAUGCCAUUGAAGUUAAGAGCUCGAAUCUCAAUGGAGGAUUGUAUGCAGAGGAAAAGAAUAUGGAGGUUAGUGCCAUAGAUAAAUCAAAUAUGGGUUCAAGU